AUGGUUUACGUUGAGCCAGCCUUUCCUCGCGGAAAAAAUCGAGAAGUCAACGAAGAUAAAAUAUCCCGAAAACGAGCUAUUAAAGAUCCCAGGCAAUAUGGGGCUUCUACUACUCAUGAGGAAAAAUCGCGACGACCGCGUCCUAAAGAACGCAGACGAGUGCUAUUGGAGAGCAAACGAAUGGAUGAAGAGGAAGAGACGCAAUCUCUCACAGCACAGAAUCUAAAUUACGAUUUGCUCCAGCAAGGGAUGCUUGUUUUUGGUUGUGUUAGAAGGAUCAUGAAAAUGCAACUCGAAGUAGCCCUUCCCGGUCGUUUGUGGGGCAUUGUUCCGAUUUCUUCGAUAUCAGAUGUAUACUCAAAACUCCUAAAAAAGAUGGUAGACGGUCGAAUCGACGAGUGUCCCGAUUUGAAUGAUUUGUAUGCUUUGGGAGAUUUGGUAUACGUGAAAGUCGUUAACAAGCAAAAAGGAGCACCAGUACGGUUAAGUCUCUCACCAAAAGAUCUACACAGUGAAUUUAUUCCUUCGCAACUGGCACCUGGUUUAGUUCUUUCGGCAACCAUUGCAGCUGAAGAAGAUCAUGGCUUUUUAAUGGAAACAGGAAUUCGCAACGUACGUGCUUUUUUGCCGAGAGAAAAUCUUUCCCAAAAUGCAGUGGAUAUGGGUAGAAAUCUAUGUUGUUCAGUUGAAAGUGUAAACCUGGUCGGAAAUGGAGCGACGGUAAUCUUGAGAGCAUUUCAUCCGGAAGCUCCACGCGUAUUGGAUGUUGAAGAGCCAAAUUUAAACGUAAUCGUUCCAGGUUGCCAAGUGACGUUCACUGUCGGCAGUCCAGUAACGUUUGGCCUGCAGGGAAUGCUGUUUGACGAUACAGUUACCGCAUUUGUGAAUGAACUCAUGCUCACAAAAAUAACGAGUAAGCCUCAUAAGUACACCAUGCUGAAAUCGAUUCCAGCGACAAUAUUAUACGUGACACCUUCGGCAAAGCAAGUUUACGUCUCGUUGGUACCUUACCCAAACAAUAGGAUCGAAAGCGACGAUUCCAUUGCUACUUUAUCGCUGGUCGAUGGAUACGUAACCAACGUCAACAACGAAGGAGUAUGGCUGAAGUUCAACAAUAAAAAUAAUCGUGCUCUAAUUCUGCGUAGUCACAUUAUGAAGAGCAAUAAAACAUUCGGAGAGUACAACGAACGCACCGUUUUGGGACCGUAUAAAAUAGGCACCGUUCAUAAGGUGCAAGUCGUUCGGCACGCCAUGCUUGACCGUACGUACAUAGUUAACACAAACUUGGAUGAAUCUAUGAACGAAGAUAUACACUCUUCACAAGACGUGGAAAUGGGAAAACUGUACCAAUGCUUGGUAACUAUUGUAUUACCGUCUGGCGAGUUCUUUGUUAAUCUUGGUUGCGCGAAAGGUUCAGUGAUGAGAGAGUACUACGACAAAAAGAACCCGGUUAAAAAGGGAAAUAAAGUACUGUUACGAGCUGUUCGAAUGGAGAAACAUCAACCGUAUAUCAAGUUUACCAACCAUCCCGAUCUUGUCGACAAAGCUGCUAGCAUUCUAGCAAACUGGAAGCAGCUUGAUUCUACAAAGAAUGAUCAACGAUUCCACGGACUUGUUGUCAAAGUAACUACUGAGUAUGUUCUGGUAGAGUUUUCCAAUGAUAUAGUUGGAAUUCUGUACAAACACAUUAAUGGCAUAAUACAAGAUGAACAAAAAUUGUCCAAGCUUGGAAUCGGAGUAGUAGAAAUGUUUACCGUUCGUGAUUUUAGCCAAGAGAAUAGCCGGUUGCUACUUUCGUUGCCUUCAACUGAAAAAAGGUUUUGCUCAGCGAUUGUUACAAGUGCAACCGUGACAUGCGUACAUCCAACUGGUGUUGAUGUGAAAACAGCUGAUGGCAAUUCCGGAACUAUUGCUUUGGAAAAUUUCUCCGAUUUUGGUGAACACAAUUCGUUACAUGCGCGACUCCUUAAGGAAGGCGAACAGUUGACGGUGGUCAAACUGAGUCCGAAUACAUAUAGUGUGCGUGGAGUGGAUUACUUCCAGAAAGCACCUUUACUGUUUAGACAUGUAAAACCAAAAGCUGUGCUAAAAGCUAACUGCUUCACGCAGAAUGGAUGCUUAUUUGCGAAUUUAUUGUUGAAUGAUUAUUCUGAAAAUAUAACGAUUGACCAUUUGGAUAAAAUGAAACGGCGAGAGGUUGAAGAUGGUUCUAUAAUAUUGGUCCAAAUUCUGAAGAUAUUUGGUGGAACCUCGACACAACCACGUUCGUUUAAAGUCAGUACUUCAUUGAGGAAUGUUUGCCAAAAUGGAAUUGAUGAUGUGUAUUCAUAUAUGGCAGAAUACUGGAAAGAUGUUUGCAGUUUAAUUUGCAAAUAUCAGGAGAAUGGCGCUUCAUUUGCCAAUUACAGCAUCGGACAACGUGUCAACUGUACUAUUGAAAAAGUAAUCGAUGGAAGCAACAAAAUGGUUGUGAACGUAACAAAUGGUGAUUCGGAAUCAACGAAAGGAAUUGCUAUUACGGACACAUCUAAGACUUCAAGUGAAUCUUGUUACGAAGUUGGAGAUCAGUUACCAGGACGCGUGGUGUGGGUUGACGUUGAGCGGCAAUUGGUACACGUUUGCCUCGACAAGUCGUUGAUUGAUCGAAUACAGAUUGUAAAGACAAAGGUUUCUAAACAGAUAGAUUUCCAGUCGAAUCCAAAAUUCGUGUCCUGCCAAGUAUUGUUUUCAAACAACUUUGUACGAGUUUGCUGCAUUUUGGACGAGUCGCCGAAUUUGCUUGUACUUGUGCCAGUAAAGAAUCAUUAUAAUGACAUGAUACCUUUUGAUUCAUAUGGGCAGUUGAAGAACAUUCGUUUAGUACGAAUGUUAGGGCCCAUGAUUUUCGGUAUGCGUCAAUCAUCAUACGACUUGUAUUCUUCAUUCGCUGAAGACGGAUCACCUAAAGUUUUAUCACAAAACGAAACAAUGAAGAUCAAGGAUCAAAAAAUACAUCUUCGUUCACACGGCGCUUUAGUUCGUUGCCGGCAGCUACCGGAAACAUUCGAGGAAACGAUUCUCGAUGAGAGCUCAUCAGACAAGUCAGAUUCAGAGAACGACGACGAAGAACAGGACGAAAGCGAUGAUUCGUGCGAAGGUAAUGAUAGCGAUGUGGACAGUGCAGACGAUGAAGAUUUUGUCUGCUAUGAACAUUCAUCCCAAGAAGAGAAUGAUUCAAAUAAGGAUAGCGAUAGUGACGAGCAAAACAACGACAAUUGUGUUGUUGAAAGAACAUCAAACAAGAUCCUUAAACAAUGCCACGAAAAGAAAAUUGAACAGGAUAAUAAUGCCACGGGAGAAAAAGAAACUAAUAGCAAAAAGCGAAAACAUUUGGAAAACCCAUCACUGCCGCAAAACAUGCGUUCAAAAAAAUUGAAAACACUAGCGCAAGGUAUAUUAAAAAAGAAAAAGGUGGAUUACGAAAUGCUGAUAACCGAGCGAAAACAUGGUGUUGCAAAAAAGGGGAAAAAAGAUGCCGUUGAAUCUGUUAAGAAACAAACACUCCUAACUGAUAACGGAGAUACUAAACUUUUUGGGAAGACGAAGAAUAAGAAGAAGAAACAAAAAUCAUUCGUAAUUGAUCAGUUGGAUGGGGCCGGAAACGAUUUUCUGCUCUGUCAGCAACUAGAUGGCUCUGAUGAAACUUGGCCCAUAACGAACGACAAAAAUGCCAAAGGAAAGAGGAAACUUGAUGGACAAAUUCUGCCAGGUACUACAAACUUCUGGGACACCACGCCCGUCUACAAGCGAGCGGCAUCAGACUCUAGCGAUGAAGAUGGAUCUAGCGAGGACGAGGAAAAACAAACCGCCCCGAAAAAGCGGUUGACUGCAAAAGAACGCUUCGAGGCCAUGAAACUGGAGGAAGAACGGUUGAGGAAUAUUGAACAAGAAUUAGCCAACCCGUCUGUCGACCCUCACACCCCGGAUCAGUUUGACCGGUUAGUGCUAGCGCAACCAAACAAUAGCAUGCUCUGGAUUCGGUACAUGGUCUUCCACAUGGAGUCUGCUGAGGUGGAUAAAGCUCGCGUUGUUGGCCGGAAGGCGUUGAAAGCAAUAAAUUUUCGCGAAGAAACGGAGCUUUUGAACAUCUGGAUCGCAUUGCUCAAUUUGGAGAUUCGCUACGAAACAGUCGACAGCUUCAAAGAGGUUCUGCAGGAAGCAAUCCAGUAUAACGACGCCUUCAAGGUGUAUUCCAGGGUUUUAGACAUUUUAAUUGAUUGUCAAAAACACACUGAAGUACGUGAGCUUCUGGAAUUAUUGCAAAAGAGAUUUCGCAAGCAAACUGACAUGUGGAUUUUGGUGGCCGAUGCCUGGUAUCGAAUAGAGCAAGGUAACAAAGUUAAGCCGCUGUUGAGUCAGGCGUUAAAAUCGCUUCCAACAAGAGAUCACAUUUCUCUGAUCGUAAAGUUUGCCUUCCUACACAACCGAAACGGUAAUCAAGAUGAGGCACAACUUUUGUUUGAGCAGAUUCUGACAUCAUACCCGAAGCGAACGGAUAUUUGGUCGCAAUACGUGGAUAUGCUAGUUAAAGACAAAUUAGUUGCGAAUGCGCGUCAAAUUUUAGAACGUGCGAUUAUGCAACGCCUUCCAAUGAAGAACAUGAAAACCUUAUACACGAAGUACGUGAAUUUUGAAGAGAAACAUGGUGAUCGCGAUAGCGUCCGGCGAGUUAAACAGAUGGCAGCCGAUUAUGUGCAAGGCCAGCUGAACAAUGCGGGGGUAACAUCAAAUACCAAUUAAACAAGAGAAAAUGUAUUUCCGAUCAAUGUAUACCUUCUAAGCAAUCAACCGUUCGGA